AUGGACCUCUUCCCCGACGGGACGCACGUGCGGCUGCAGAGCCGCGAGCUCGGCACGUACCUCUACGCCGACGAGGACGGGGUCGGCGUCUCCCUGAGCCAGCGCCGCGCGUCGCUGAACGCGGCGUGGCAGGUGCACCGGAUCGUGCACGAGGGUGUCGCCUACGUCCUCCUCCACGGCGCCGCCUACGGCCGGUACCUCGCGGUCUCGCCCGACGCGGCGCCACGGCGCGGCCACCGCGGCCGACGCGUCGUCCAGAGCGACCGCGACUAUUUCGACCCGCGCGCCGUCAUGUGGAGGGUCAUCAGGGCGUGGGACGGCGGAGACCCCGACGACGUCAUCGUGCGCCACGAUUUGCACCGCAACCUCCGCGCCAACGGCAGGUACCGCCGCUGGCACACAGGCGUCACCGUCGAUGACACCUUCGCCGCGUGGAGCACGAUGAUGCGUUGGACGGUCCAGGCCAUCCCCCCGAGAGAGGCGCCGCCGGAAAUUCGACUUCCAGUUGCAACUCCGGUGAGCUCGAAGUCCCCAUUCGUCGCAUUGAUUUGGGCGGAGCAGGGUUCUUGGAACCACUAA